AUGCAACCAGGCAAGCCUGAUCUCGCAGUUAGCCAUAGCAUAAGGCAAUCGCCUUAUGCCGAGAAGAAAAGGAAAAGAAGGACUAUGCUGCCGCUACCAGCAACCGCUAUUGGAUGGUGCAGCUACCUUGCCAAACUUUCUCAGCACUGCCGCGAGAUCUCGGCAACAACCAGUCAGCCCAAGCCAACUGGUCCUUGCUGCGAAGUGUAA